AUAUAUAUAUAAGUAUGUUACCAAGGUGAGAAAUUUAGGGGGAAAAAUCAAGCAAAAAUGCGAAAUCAUGAACAUCGAGGCAAUUCCGCAACACAGAAAAUGAUCUCUCUUCACCACACUCACAAUCCGAAGGCAAAUCAAUGCACUUCUUUAGCGGUGCAAAGGGUAGCCGCCCCGCUCCCUCUCGUUUGGUCAAUACUGCGUCGUUUCGACCAGCCCCAAGCCUACAAGAAGCUCGUGAAGAAUUGCACCAUCCUCGGCGGCGGCGGCGUGGGGAGCGUGAGGGAGGUGGCGCUGGUGUCCGGCAUGCCGGGGAGGAUGAGCCGAGAGCGGCUGGACCGGCUGGAUGAGGAGAAUCACGUGAUGGUCUACACCGUGAUCGAAGGGGAUCAGCGGCUGGAGAAUUAUCAGUCCACGACCACCGUGCAUGAGGCGGAGGACGGCGGCGGCGGGGCGGUGGUUAUCGAGAGCUACGUGGUGGAUGUGCCGGAGGGGAAUACGGAGGAGGAGACGAGGAUUUUUGCCGAUACCGUUUUGGGCUGCCAUCUUCGCUAUUUGGCGCAUCUUAGUGAGAAAUUAGCUUCAGGAAUUAUUGCUCUGUAAAUAUAUAUAGGAGAACAAUUUUAAUUAAGGUUUCAUUAAUUAGA